CCUACCGCAACUCGGUCCCCCUCAAAUGGUUGUGCAUUCGCUGCAGUGAUUGGAAAAUGUUGGUCUGUCUACGUGUGUUUCAUCAAAUGACAUAGGCAGAGGCAAAAAACAGAGCGAGUAGAGCAGGGCCGACGUUAAACUGCAAGUUUGGGAAAUGUACACCACAUUUUUGCAACUUCAAGACGAAAUAGAAAGAUACAGAGGAGUGCUCGCACGGAACCAAAAGGAUUGCCACAUCUGCUGAAGAAAAAGGUCUCCAUGGUGCCAUGCUGGAUUUCUAUCUCCAGCGUCUAUGUUCUUUUUCCCUAUGGAUCUGUAUGACCCCCAGCACCAACACUGGUCUCUCCAAGCAUCCUCAACAUGCUCCUGCACCAUGGAUCCCCCAGUGAGGGUUUUGGUCCGAGGGAGCUUGUGAGAAAGAAGAUUUGAAUUUUUUAUUUUUUUUGCCAUCGUACCCAUACAUAUUCACCCGUACCUCCACUCCCCCCUAACGGGGGAAAACUACUCUGCACCUCUCCGACCUGUGCUGAACCAGGAAGGGACAGGACUAGGCCCACCAUCAGCCUACAGAGGUGACCAACAAGCUCCCACAGAGAGCAGUCCAGCCCAGUCUCCACAAGUCACUGUGCCAGGAUGACAGGGUUGCCCUCUUACAUUUCCACGGUGGGAUUCUGCAUCCUACUGGUGAUCAGAGCUGAAGGUAUUCAAACUGGUCAGAAUCCAGACCACAUGCUCCAUGGCACCGGGCACAAGCACGAGUCCAGGAAGCCCGGAGACGGGCCCACGGUGGCCCCAGAGGACGCCGCCCGCUUUCUGAGCUGCUACUGCUCGGGCCACUGUCCAGAGGACCACAAAAAUAACACCUGCGAGACGAAUGGCCAGUGUUUUGCCAUCAUCGAGGAGGACGAGAAUGGAGAAGCUAUUCUGACCUCUGGCUGCAUGAAGUAUGAAGGCUCACAUUUUCAAUGCAAGGAUUCGCCCAUGGCUCAGACAAGGCGAACGAUCGAAUGCUGCGAUACAGACUUCUGUAAUCGGGACCUGCAGCCCACAUUACCUCCCCCAAUGGACACUGGUACCUACUUUGGCAGUGCCCAUUGGCUGGCUUUCCUUAUAUCAAUGACUGUGUGCUGCUGCACUCUCAUCUGCAUCACGGUAGUCUGUUACUACAGGUACAAGUGGCAGACGGAGAGGCAGCGGUACCACCGGGACCUGGAGCAGGACGAGGCCUUCAUCCCUGUGGGAGAGUCUCUCAAAGACCUCAUUAACCUGUCCCAGUCCUCUAGCAGUGGCUCUGGGCUCCCCCUGCUGGUGCAGCGUACCAUUGCCAAGCAGAUCCAGAUGGUACGCCAGAUCGGCAAGGGGCGCUACGGCGAGGUGUGGCUGGGCCGCUGGCGGGGAGAGAAGGUGGCCGUCAAGGUGUUCUUCACCCGGGAGGAGGCCAGCUGGUUCAGAGAGACUGAGAUUUACCAAACUGUCCUCAUGAGGCACGAGAACAUACUGGGGUUCAUAGCAGCAGACAUCAAGGGUACCGGGGCCUUCACGCAGCUCCUCCUCAUCACAGACUACCAUGAGAACGGCUCCCUGUACGACUACCUGAAGUUCACCACGCUGGACACCCAGAGCCUGCUGCGACUGGCCUACUCCGCUGCCUGUGCCCUGUGCCACCUCCACACGGAGAUCUACGGCACCCAGGGCAAGCCGGCCAUCGCCCACCGAGACCUCAAGAGCAAGAACAUCCUGAUGAAGAAAAAUGGAACCUGCUGCAUCGCUGACCUGGGUCUGGCUGUCAAAUUCAACAGUGAUACCAACGAGGUGGACGUUCCUCUGAGUACGCGGGUGGGGACCCGGAGGUACAUGGCCCCUGAGGUGUUGGGCGAGACCCUGAACAAGAACCACUUCCAGGCCUACAUCAUGGCUGAUAUAUACAGCUACAGCCUCAUCAUCUGGGAGAUGGCCCGCCGCUGUGUAACGGGAGGCAUAGUGGAGGACCACCAGCUGCCCUACUAUGAGAUGGUGCCGGCAGAGCCGUCCUUUGAGGACAUGCUGGAGGUGGUGUGUGUGAAAGGGCUGCGGCCCACCGUGUCCAACAGGUGGAACGGUGACGAGUGUCUGAGAGCCAUGCUGAAGCUGAUGUCUGAGUGCUGGGCCCAAAACCCCGCCUCGCGCCUCACCAUCUUACGAGUCAAGAAGACCUUGGCCAAAAUGGUAGAAUCGCAGGACAUCAAGAUUUGAUCCUUUUCCCCCCUACAUACUCAACACAUCCUGACCUAGAGACAGAACUCCCCAGUGUGUCCUAAUGCUGAAUGUGUCACCUCUGUUCAGUUGGCAGGGGAGGAGGAACAGGGUAUGGGAGAAAAAGGGCCCUGUUGUCACUGGGCCUUGGGCAUAGAGCCUUAGCCUCCAUGAGUCUCUAUCACCACAACGGACAGAUGCUGCUGCCAGAGGCUCUUUCCCUUAUUCCCUCCCUGGCCAGAGGAGUUUGUGGUUAUCGUGCUGCAUUGAAUGCUUUCUGUGAAAGUCAAAACAUGACAUUGUGUGUGGAGGGGGAUGGCAUUUUCCUGCUCACAUGUUGAUGGGCAGAAAGGAAUAUGAUGGAGGAACCUUAGAGCCUCACUUCAAACCAAGACACUGCCCUCGCAAGCGUCACCACCUGCCAAUUAUGUUCCAUUUUUGCCUGUAAGCGUUUCAUGCCAACAUUUUUUUAUCUUCAGGACAGUCUUCUCCUGCCAUAUUAAAAUGUCUCUCGACUCAUAAGUAGAGUAAUUACGAAAUACGAAUUAAGGUACUAUAAUUAUAUGUGAAUUUAAUAUGUAAAUAUAUUGUAUCGAUUAGAUGCCGUGCCUCAAAAAAAAAAACAUGCUGCAAUGGUAUUCACGUCCAGUGGGCUUCAAACGGGACCUGCUUCAAGAGCUAUGAGCAAUCCAGUCAACCAAGGACGUUGUAAGAGGGGAUACCUGACUUGCCUUAAAUCAACUUGUCACUGUGCUUCCUACAACAAACCUCAACUCAGUAACUUGUCAAAAAAGACGUCUGGUUAAAAAAAACAUAUUUAACGCAAAAUUCUAUUCAAAUGACAUUUGUGAAUAGGGAGUUUGUGUCCCAUCAUGUCUCUAUGCUUACCUCUUCUUCAUAUAUGUUAUAUUCUGUAUGUCUUCUGGGAGGAAAGUUCAGAACACAAAAAUGGCAUAUUUUGGCCCUCAUGAAGCCUAUGCAAAAGUGUGCAGCUUAGAGGGCACACAGCAAUUAGGCCUUUCUAAAAAUUAUUAAUCUGACAUUUCUGCUGUCCCCACGCCUCACAUUCUUACCCACAUUCAUAGAUCCCCCCCCCCCCCCCCCUGCUCUUCUCUUGCUUUUCAUUCCAUUUUGAGUUACAGAUAUAUAUAUAUAUAUAUAUAUAUAUUCAUUAAGUGGCCAACUUUCAUAUUGCCAAACAUCAUGUGAGCUCAGCCGUUGAACUGUACCAUUGUGCAGUAAUUGUUUGUCUUCUGGAGUCCUACAUGUCAGGUUUGUCAUAGGGCUCACAAGUCAACAUUAGUUCAGAAAAUAUGCAAUAUUUUACUAACUUAAUGUACAAUUAUAUAGCUUACUCAAUGCUAUGGUAAAUGGCAUAUUUACUUGUGCUAAAAACAUUUAGUUAGCCAGAGCUGUAAUGCCAUUGACGUUUGUUGAUCCAUCAAGCUUCCUCGAGUUUGUGUGACAGAAUUACAGUCAAGUACAGAGGGAACAUACAGUAGAUGCAACACUGAAGUGAAACCACUUCCGCUUGCUUUGGGACACAUGCAAAUAUAUAGAUAUUUGCAGGUUUCCUCAGUGAUGUUAUCUGCGGGCCAGUGCAGAGGGUAGAGCAAGCCCAUUUAUGACCAUUUAGCACAAGAGGAACUGCAUUUCUACAUUUACAACUUCAUACAGGUAUGAAAUGAAAACAACAUAAAUAAUAUCCUGAACCACUUGUCCUCAACUCUAGACGCAGAUCGUGCCCUUUGUUAACCCUCUUGCGUAGGAUCCAAGUCUUGGCCAGUGUAUUCUUAACUUUUUCUUCCAAGUCCCUGCUCCUAUUGUGUCUGCCUCUUUAUCUAUUCAAUGUUUGCUUUUGCUUCCCUUGUGUCCAUACAAAUUCUGAAAAAAUAUCUUGCAUUUCUUGUGGGUUUUGCGCACAUGUUUAAGUGUGCAUGUCCGCUGAAAUCAAGUGCAACCUAGUGUGUCAGGACAGUUUCUUUGUGAAUUAAGUGAACAGUACAUAUGGUAGAUAUUUAAAAAAUAUUUCACCUGAGCAGUAACUAGUGUUUUCCUCUUUGUAAUAUGCAAGAAAACCAUAUAGAAUAAUCUCUAUGUACAUCUUUAAUGUGUUUUUAUACAGCAUCUGGUUAAAAGGUGCCUUUUUUGAGUUUACCAAGGAAAGAAAACGAUUCUGUUUCUGUACACAGCCUGUCCAAUGUAUCAAUUUGAAAGUAAAUAACCUUAUUUUAGUACACAACUUUGUGGUCUGGUCUUGGGUUAUUGUUUCAUUUCCUUCCAAUUAACUGUUGGUUUGACUGUGGAGACUGAGCCUAAAACCAGUAAAGGUGUCUAGCACUGCCAUCUGCUGGAGGAGAAAGGUACGGCAUAUUGAUGUACUGUAAUAAGAGUUUAAAACUCGUCAGUAUGGAGCCCGUGUCUUGUAGAAAAGGGUCUGUUUCUAUACCUGAGGCCUUAUACAUGUACAGUACCAUGAAAAGGUAUUUGCCCCUUUCGAUACUGAAUUAUAUCAGAUCUUAAAACAUGCGUUUACAAAUAACAAAAUAUACUUAUUUCAUUUAAUUAAAGUUAUGCAACACCCAAU